CUAAUUUUUGUUUUAAAAAACACAAAGUGUCUAGCUUUAUGCGUAACUAUUGGUUUUGAUAAUUUUAAGAUGUAAUAUAACAAAAAUCCUUUGUAUAAAUCUACAAAGUCAUUUCAUAAGAAAGUUUUUUUACGUUUCUGGGCCAAAGUCAAGAAUGUGUAGACAUUAAAUAUCAUCUAUCGAUUAAUAAGACGUAGAAAAAGCGUUUAGUUUUAAAAAUAUCUUGAAAAUGGCACACUUUAGACGUGAUAUUACGUAUAGCGCUCUAGACAACGAAUUAACUCCGCCACUGGGAAGAUCUGCAGAAGUUACUCCAACAAUGAUCACCCUGGAUCAGGAACACGACGAUGCUACAAACGUUAUCAUUCACAAAGUACCUCAAACUAAAGUGGGAUGGACUCAUAUAGAAGAUCUUGAUUCAUUUUUUACAAGGAUGUAUAGAUAUUAUGUCAGAGGAGGCUUUUAUCCAAUGAUGAUGUCAGAUUUAUUUUAUCUAUUACAGUUUAUAUUUAUUGUUUGGUUCUCCACAUUUUUGGUGCAUUGUAUAGACUAUCCAAGAUUAUUUAGAAAUGAUCCUAAUGCAAACAGAAGUGAGAAACUUAGCUUAAGUGAUGUGAUUUACUCUUCUUCGGUAUGUGUUAAUAACAUAUCUUGGACAUGGUGGUGUCUCAUUGUGUUGUGUUCAUUUAUUUGGCUAAUGAGAUUAGUUAUAUCAAUAUAUCAUUUGUACUAUGCUUACGAUACAAAAUUAUUUUAUAACAAUGCUUUAAAGAUUAAAGAGAGUGAUUUAGCUUGGGUGAACUGGUCUACCAUACAGGAGAGAGUAAGAGAGGCACAACCGGAACAUCACAUGUGUGUCCACAAACAAGAGAUAAAUGAACUAGAUAUUUACCAUAGAAUACUCAGGUUUAACAAUUACAUGGUGGCGAUGGUGAACAAGAAUUUACUUCCCCUGCAAAUACGUGUUCCUUGCAUUGGAGAUUUUCAUUAUUUAAGCAGAGGUUUAAAAUGGAAUUUGGAGUUUCUUUUAUUUUAUAGUCCUUGGAGUCCAUGGGAGAACUGUUGGCAGCUACGUUCUGCUUAUAAGGAUAAUUCGAAGCGAAUGAUUCUAGCAAGACAGCUACAAAGACAGAUAUUACUUCUCGCAUUAGUAAAUCUUAUCUUGUCACCCUUAAUACAAGCUUGGCAGAUUCUGUAUUUCUUCUUUAAUUACGCGGAGUUAAUAAAGAGGUCGCCAGGAUCUCUCGGCUUGCGCACGUGGUCAUUGUACGCUAAAGUCACCCUUCGACAUUUCAAUGAACUCGAACACGAAUUACGGGACAGACUCAACCGCGCCCAUAAGCCCGCCACUAAGUAUCUCGCCAGCUUCAACUCGCCAAUCACAACGGUCCUAGCUAAGAAUGUCGUCUUUGUAUCUGCGAGUGUGCUGGGCGUGCUCGUAGUGCUGUCAGUAUACGAUGAGGACGUGCUCACUGUGGAACACGUGCUGACUAUCAUCACCAUACUAGGCUGUAUUCUCGCUGGCGCUAGGGCCCUAAUUGGUGAAGAGGAACGGCUCGGUGGGGCUUGCACGGGUCCUGCGCGAGGGGAGGAGCUGCUGGUGCAAGUGCUGGGACACGUGCACUAUUUGCCCACCGCCUGGCGGGGUCGCGCGCACACCAAGGACGUGGCGGCACAUUUCCAACAUCUGUUUCAGUUCAGAGCGGUUUACAUAGUGUUCGAGUUGCUAAGUCCACUGUUAUGUCCGCUGGUGCUGCUUUCACUGCGAACGCGUGCGUUAGACAUCGUCGACUUCUACAGAAACUUCACUGUGAGCGUGCUCGGUAUAGGUGAUGUCUGUUCCUUUGCUCAGUUGGAUAUAAGACGUCAUGGUCACCCGGAUUGGCAGAUACAUGGCAGAAAUGGGAAUAAAACAUGUAACACUCAAUACAACCAAGGAGAAGUCGGUAAGACUGAGCUCUCCCUGAUCGCCUUUUCCUGUCGCCAUCCCGGCUGGCAGCCUACCGAGCUGGCUCAGAGGCAGUUUCUACGCUCCCUGCGGCAGAGCAUACACCAAGCUAAACCAAACCUUAACGGACUUAAUAAAACCAUGUUGGGCUCCUUUAUACAGCAGAGCAUAUUUGGUACCAACACACCUCUCCCCGCUCUACUUUCCUAUCAACCAAAGCAAAAUUAUAGACUACCUGAUAUGGACGAGACAAGUGACGAGGAAGAGGGUGGGCUAUCUCGAAGCUCAGCGGGGCUGGCGGGAGCGAGCAGCGUUCUGGGAGCUAGUGUGUUCGAGUUAGGCGCAGUGCCAGAGCUACCGGAUGAAGUCCGAGACAUGUCAGUCAGCACCCUCCAUCUUUACGAUCUGCAACUUGCUCAGGCCCGACCGAACGUUUCAGCGUGUUGCACCAACAACUGUAGCGAGCGACCGCGCUCCAGCCGAUGGGAGUCCGGCGAGGACACCCCCUUACUUCACCGUCCAUAACAGUGGCAAUACACAACCCGCGCCGACCCCGUCUGGGUGUAGCGGGUAUUUGUAUGUAAUCUUACUUCUAACCGCGGAGGAAAAAUUAUAUACAAAAUUCAAAUAAUUCGGUAAAAACAUACUUCUCCCAUUAUAAACAUGAACUCUUUCAAACUCCUAGGUUAUCGGUGUCCUACGCAUUAUCUUUUCACGCGGAACGUUGUAAAUACUUACGACUGUUUGCCGUUAGCGGCAAAUCGAACGCACGACCUUUGGUAUGGAAUACAUUUAUUAAUAAUGACUUCUGUGCCAAAAUGCCGUCCACGUAACUCGUAACAAUAUACAACAAAUAAUUUGUAAGUCGUCUAACAGCUCUACCGCAAAUAUUCAAUUUAGUGUCACAUUUUUUUUUAAUUAAAAUACUCUUGGAUACAACACGCUUCAUCCUCGCUGAAAGGUUUAGGUUGUGAAAUCUUUAACUCUAUCCAUGCUAAAUAGUUAACUUUUCUUAAAUAUAAUUUGAUAACAUAUGUGCAACAGUUAGAUCACGUGCAGUCAUGUUAAAUUAAUGUUUCAUUUACAAGUAAAGUAAUUUGCUUCACACUAUCUGGGACAGUAUACGUCUAUAGACGUCGUAAGAAUUACUUAGCUAUUGUGUCUAGUGUACUGUUCCUCAAAGUGAUAUGUGUGUGUGUGUUCCUAAUUUAAAUUAAUAUUUUUUUAACGCUUCUUUCGUUUAUGUUAUGUAUCGUGUUGCACCGUUCUAAUAUUCUAUAUUCAUAUUGGUGCGCUUUUUCUUGUAUAUCAGUGCAAAGCACACAAACGAAAUAAUAUACAAAAUAUCAUAGAAAUGCUGAUAUGCUCAAACUAAUUUGGAUCAGGUUAAAUCAAAUUAUAGUUAUUUAAAGUACACACCGAAAAGCGCACGAAUGUUGUUAAUGAUAAUUUUUAAUUAAUUUUAGCACUUUUAGUUUUACAUAAACACGUGUUUGCUGUGAAUUGUGAUUAUUUACUAUGGGAGGGGGGGACAUGAUAAAUAAAUAACUGGGAUAUUACCAUUUCUGUGCGUCAAAUAACGAGCGUCUCUGUGUGUGUUUUUUUUAGAUUAUAAUAAAAUGUGCGCUUUUUGCUUUAAAAUUUAAACUUAGUUAAUUUAAAUUCUAUGACGAAUAUGUUAUUAUUGGUUAAAGCGCUGUAAGAAAUCGUUGAGAUGAAGCAAAGCGAAAAACACGUUUAGAAAUCCAAAUAUAAUUUAAACGCGCACAAAGAAAAAUAAAAAAAAAAUAUUUUAAUUUAUAUAUUAUGAUAAUAGUUGUUUUGUUUGUUUUUAUUAUUUAAAAAAUUGGCUUUAUCGCAGAAAUCGUGUCGUGUAAUGUUAAUAAUAACACUUGACUAUCAUUAAUAUCGAAAAUAAUUUCUGUGAUGAAGCCGUCGUGUUAUAAAAUGAAAGUGGUAAGUAGUAUGUAACUAUAUAUCAAACUCCUCCUUUAUUGUGGGAAAAUGUAAUUCGAUGAUGAUUAAACGACCGUUUCCGAUAAACAUAACCUGAUGUGAUAUACGAUAGUAACGUUUAUUAAUAUAUAUUUUGCUAUAAUAUGUAACGUUCAUAAUCUUCGUGAUAAAACAGUAACCGAAAAUCGUAUUAGGUGAUAGAUAGUAUUAAGAAUGUUGAAUUAAAUUCUCACGUAACUAAAAUUAUUAAAUUUUUUACAUUUUUUGACAUUACAUGACUAAAUUAUGGCAUAUUUCAUAAAUAUUGACAAUAUAUAGUUUUCACAGUUCGUGAUCGAUAGAUUACUCUGUGAUAGAGUUGUAAUUAUAAAUAAAUAGACAUACAUACACCCGAUUCCGAUUCGACGACGAUGUUUCGUGAUGUCGUGUCUUAGAUAAAACGCUAGCGGUUCAACAAACUUAAAUAGUACAAAAAUACGUAUAGAAGCUCUUUAAGUACGAAAUAUCAGAUAUGAAAUAAAAAUAGUAAGAAUUUAUUUUAGGCCCCGAAUUUUUUUACGCGACGCGACGAGCAAUUGAAUAUAAUACAUUAAUACAUUUUUAUAAAUGAUCGUGAGUUAUUUUUAUAAUAUACAUCGAUAAAUAGUAAAAUACAUACAUUAACAUAUGUAAUAAAAUCAGCUUAACUUAUAGAGUUCGCUCCGUUAUAUUACUGCCUUAACUAAUAUUACUUCAUAUAACCUUUCUAUAGAUUUUAAUUAGGCUUUGUAAAAAGUAUGUUAACAUGCAGGUUUUAUUCGAUGAUAUGAGUAUACCAAAUUAGUAAUUUAUAGUUUAAUCUAAAAAAGUAAAGUGCCUGACACAGCCUUGUUAUAUUGUCGAUAAUGUGAUGCUAGCUUAUCGUGUUUAUUGAUAUUCAUUGAACAAUAAAAUAAUAAAUAUCAGUAUGGCAAAAAAUAAGUUUUUACGGGAUAUGCAUUUUUAUAAAGUACUACAGAUUUCUGUCUUUUUACGAUAUCUUGUACAAGAUCUGCAAGUAAUACCUAUGAAGCGAAUCCUUCUUCGCUUCCUGCUUUUUGCAUAUUAUUCCCUCGUGGAGAUGAGGUACAGCAAUGGUUACUUCGUCUCCCAGUAUUUGACUACCCAGUCCUACAGUUUUAAGAUCUGCCUCGAUGGAUUUAUACGCCUGAUGUUGAUUGGUUUAUCGUGUUCUCUUCGAUGAACACUGGUAGCCAUAUUGAGUGCCACUUAUGCAGUGAUUUCCCCUUUGUGCAAAAUAUGCCCGACCCAGUGCCAUUACUGUCCAGUUAUUUUCUAGUACACACCCACAGGCAGUUAAAGGUUUUUGCGGUUCAAAACACCUCUUCCCUUUUGUUUUUAUUUUCGCCAAGUUAAAAUUCUUUAACGUUACGGCAGAUAAAAAAAAGGAUCAUGAAAAGUAAAGACCAGGCACAAAACUAGUGAAAAUUAAAAAAAAAUUCUUAACUUUCAAAGUUACUUUUGAGAAAUUUUUCUUUUUAUAUUGUAUAUUUUGUUACAUGUAUAACUGUGUUUUUGUCACUUUUUAAAGUUAAAAUUUAACUUAGUUACCUAUUUUUACGCAUUUCAUAAAAAAUAAACAAUCUGUUCUCCAUUUGUACUAAAUUGACUAGAAUCCUUAAUAAAAUACAUUCAAACAAAACGAUAAUGCAAUAGCAAUACAUGAUUUGAAAAAUGUUUUCAACAUUAUUUUGUUUUAUUAUAGAAGUCCUAAUUGUUGUUACAAAUAGAGUGAAAAGGUUCGUUAUUAACCGUUCAAAUGAAUUGUGGUCUCGUAUAAAACGAAAUUUAUUUUAAAAGGUAACUAACGUAAGAAACGUUUUCUGUUAAAAUGUUACAUAAAUGUGUAACAUGUAUUCUGUAGUUAUUAUUCAUAAAAUUAACUUUUGCUUUAACAAAUCAACGUUGUCAUAACCAAUUUCUCGAGAAGAUAUACUUAAAAAACACAGAAUGAUUAUUUCUGUAAAAUUUUGAUUUGUAAUUGAUAAUUGAUGAUAAAUAAUUUCAAAUUGAGAUUUUUAAAUGUUCGUGGUUUAUUCCACGGGGGCGUUGAUUAAUAAAAAAAUGUAUGGUACUUAUUGUUUUCGGUCCAGAGUCACUUAAUACUACAAAUGAGUGUCUUGUGAUUGAAAAUUAUAUAAUUUAACGGACUAUGAUUGAUAUGUGCGUUCUAUAGGUUGUUUUUUCGCAAUCAGUGAACAGCUAGCUUAUACACUUGUUAUAUUUUUUAAUGAUUGAAUAUUCUACAGUUAUAUGCGACUCUCAAUUAUCUCCACAAUUGUAGAUUAAACACAAGUAGCGCCGCACUCAGACCAAGAUUUAAAUGUCAAAUAAAAAUAAAAUUGGUACUAUAUUUAAAUUGUCGAACCUAGUAUAUAUUUUAAGAUAUUUAAAUUUGGUGAUAGUAAUAACACAACAAUGAUAUUGUAUUUUACUAAUAUAUACUUAUUUUUUAAAUGACAUAUACAUUUUCUUAUAAAAUUAGUCAUCGUAUGCAAUAGAUUUUAAUAUAGCACGUAGGAUAUUCAUCGAAUAAAACCUGUCGUGACUUACUCACAUAAUUUCGUACACGUACACUUUGCCCUUACAACGGCGGAAACAGAGAGGGUAAACUUGUAUUUUAAUAUAUUCAAAAUACAAAUCAGUAAGAUUUGCUAGACUUUGAAAACAAAUUGAUGAUAUAUAAUAAUAGUAGUACGUAAUAAUCGGAUAUUUUCAAUGUUUAAAAAAAAAACCUUUUAAAAUAUCCUAAAAUAAGGAUAGGAUAAAUCCGCUUUAUAAGAGAUAUUUGAAAAAAAAUCUGUCAUUACAUUUUAGUUUAGAUCAUUGUCACGUCUACAUCUACGAUUGAUCUUUUAAAAUAACUAAGAAAGAAAAUAAAAUUAUUAUUCAAUAGAAUAAUUAUGUUACGUUACAUAUCUUUCAAGUAAUAGGAAUUAUAUUUGCAUAUCUAUCAACAUUUAUAUCCUGGUUGACAUGUAUAAUUACGAUCCAGUCAUCAGUUUUUGACCUUUCUUAAUUUAUGAAUUCAUAUAAAUCAGAGGUCUUAUGAACUGGUUUAGUUCAGUCGGAGCUUCCUAUACUUAAGAAACCCAAUGUUAUAAUGGGUCAACACUAGUUAAGACAUUUCAAAAUUGUUCGAACGUUUACCGUAAUAUAAUUAAUCAUGUAGGCAUAAUAAAAUUUAAUGAAAAAGUUGCUUGUUUUAGCGAUAUCAUGUUUUACAACUUUCAAUGAAUUAAUUAUGAGUUGAGAAUUAUUACAUUUACAAAAAAUGUCUAAUUAUUCUGAUUGUCUCCAUAAUAAAUGAAUAUCUAGUGCUAUAAAUUGUAAUUAAGAGUCCUGAAACCGUUCUAAAAUUACUUUUUGUAAAAUAUUCAGGAAUUCACAUUAAGAAAAAAAGAAAAAAACAAAAAUAUUUUUCACGUUUUUUAGUCAACUUAUGGAUCAAUAUAAUUAAUAAGUAGUAGUUUUCCCGAUUAAGAUUUAUUAUUAGAAUGUAGGUAUUGUCGGAAACUUUACCUCGAUCGCCCUCUUUAAAUUAAUGAUUUAACAGAUAUUAAUAAUCCUAUUUGCUAAGGUAAAAGUUUAUAAUUAACAAAUUUUGUGGAAACGUAAAAAACCGAUAGAAACACAAAUAUUUCCAUGAUUCGUUACGAGUAUGGAAUCCUUUUCUUGGAUGUUAUGUUAUAUAAUUCUAUAGAAAAGAAAAUCAGAAUUCGUUAAGUAUAUUUUUGGUCUACUUUCUUUUAGUAAAACAAGAGCCUCUUAUAACUCAAUGGCAUACCUUCUAAACAGGAAAUAUUUUAUGUCGCCGUCAACUAAUUAUCAGAUUUACAUUUUAAAUGUAAACGAAAAUUUAGUUUCACUUUAUAUAUUGAUUACUUCCUAGUACUUAUGGUUAUUACUAUUUAUAUUUCGCUUUUACUGUAAUGUAUUUUUUUUUAUAUGUAAUAGUAAUUAUCGGAAGAAAACAUAAUAAUAAUUUAUCGUCUAAUUGAUUCACAUUACGAAUAAUAUUGCGUAGUUUUGUUUUUGGUUAAGCGUUCUCGAUUCGUAAUAUUAUAUCGAGGCGUGUUUUUAUUACAAUAGUUACCUAUGUGUUGUUAUUUCUUAUAGUUAAGCGCAGUGUAUUAGCUUUUGCAAAGGAAUUGUUAAGAUCGAUUGUUAGUCACGGUAUAUGUAUAUUUUUUUUUUGGGUUAGUUCUUGUUUUAUUCUGCGAUAUGAACUGUUGUAGAAUAGGUCCAGUUGUACAAUUAUUACAUGGUAGUGCUAUUUUGACAAUUGAUGUCAGGUGUGUCAGGGAUCUCGGCACGUCUGAAUUGCUUUACAUUAUGUUACUUAUUUUAUGAAAUAUGGAAUCUAUAAACAAAUGAAAAAUGAAACGAAAUGUACUAUUAAAUACUAAAUGAUACUUGUAUUCUUCGUCUUAAAUAUAUGUAUAAUUACGAUAACAACACAUUUUGAUGACAUUUUUAUUAUGAUUAAAAUGUCCAACACUAGUGAGAUAGAUAUUAAUUCUAUUCGUGAAUCUCGCAGUUCUUACACAAUAUAGAAGAAAUAGUUUUUAUCUAAAUAUAGCAGUUAUUCGCAGGUGCUGCAGAUGACCAUUAAGCAGAACUUCUCCAUACUCAGAAUACUUUAACAAAUAACGUUUUAAGCAAUAAUAACCAAGUUCUAUUUAUAUAUGGCUUUUAAAAUGACACCAAUAGUGAGAGAAAAAUGUGAUCAAAAGUGUUGUAACUAACCUACUCGUCGAUGUAUUAUAAGUUAGGUAAGUGAAGGAAAUAAGUUUAAUCGUUAUACGCGCGAAUAUUGUUUCGUUUUAUCAUAAUAAAAUAUAAAAAAAAUGGUUUAUUUUUCGAUAUGAUCUCGAUAGAUAUAAAAAAAUAUACAAUCGCUUUCACGUUUUUUAAACCAAUUACUGAUUAGCUAGUCCAACACAUUUGGUGAGGUCGAAAUUCUGUAACUUGUUAACUAAAAUUUUAACGAAAAUAUUACUAAUACUGUGUAUUAUAAACUCCAACAGAAAUAUACGAUUUGGAAACUCAUUUAGGGUAUAAACAACUAAAAAUUAUAACUAACUAAAGUACUUUAUUUAGAUGUUGGGUUACAGUUUUUUAUCUCAGCAUGUGCACCAGGUACGCGAACUUUACACGUUCAAUUCACCCGAGUAACAUAGUACAGGUACGCCAUCGAAUAACGACCGGUAAUGCUUUGAAUUUGACUUUAGUGUAGCAUUAUUGUCUAAACGAUAAAGAGGUAAAGUUGUAAGUUAGUCACAUAAAAGUAGCCUUAAAACUUUUUUUGGAAUAUCGUUGUGAAUAUUUUAGACAAGUAAGCUCAUAUUAAAUAUUUCAUAUGUCCGAAUUUGUCAAAAAAAAUAAUUAAUCGCGUAUAUUCAAAUAUAAGUAGACUACGAGUAACGCUAGAUGCACAUUUGUGUGACAACAGUUUUAUGCGUAUUUUAUGAUGGUUUUAGGUGUGUGUAAACUGUCCCUAAUAUAUUAUACAAUACGUGCCAUCGUUAAAUUAAUUAUUUUAUCCGGUAUUGUUUUAUAUAUACGGUAUUCUAUUCUAUUUAAAUAGUCUUCUGUUUCUGCCAUAAGUUGAAGCUAUUGGGGUCGUCAUUAUUGUAAGUUAUACAUAUUACGGGGUUAUCAAAAUUUAGGACAAAUGCGAAAUAACCUUUGUGAUUUUGUGAUAAUUACGUGUAAUGAAAUGCAAAAUAUUUUCGAGUCAGAGUCGACUGCGUCUGUUACGCACAGUAACAGAUUUACUUAAGUUAAAUGUAAAGGGUUAUACAUUUAAUGGUGUAUCAUGCGUGUAAAUAGUAUGUCUUCGCUAUAUAUCCUAAUGAAAUAAUAAGCUUCCAUUUAAGAUAUAUAAACGGCGCGAUCUUAGCCAGUUACUGGGUAGAACCGUUGUUUAAACAAAUUGAUUUUGUAUGCUUAUAUAUAUUAAUAAUAGUCGUCUUUUAGGUCAUAGUCUUACAAAAUUUUAAAUAUUAAUGACUAAUGAUUGAUACCACAAAACUAGCUCCUAAAUUAAUGAACAUCUUUUUAGGUACCUACAUAUGAAUCUGUUUAGUGUGUAAUUUAAUUAUUGAUUGUUUCAUUAUUCGUGUUCAGACAUACUCAUAUUCUAAAAUAUAUUUUUUUAUUUGACAUUUAUAAAAAAAAUCGUAAUUGAGAACGUUGUCGGCAAUGUAAUGUCAUUGUAAAACAAAAUAGAAAACACUCCUUGUUUUAAUGUUAAUGAACAAACAUAAUGAAUUUAAUAAUAUUUAAUUAAUCCAUUUAUACUUAACACUUUUACGAUUUGAUUAAUUUCUAACAAUUAAAAUAAAUCACUAACUCAGCUUAGAAACACUAAUUUCUCUCUUUCUGACAUUAUUGAUUUGAUGUUUGUAAGAAGACAACGUUGUUUAAAUAAUUUAUCCCUAAAAGGGCUGUCAAUUUGAAAAAAAACCAAAUACUUUUGUUCUCUUUAAGUUUUUUUAUAUUUUUUUUUUUCAAUGAAAAUUACGUUUCGAAUUCCUGCUUUCCUAAUACAUCUCUGAAAGGGAACAAUACAGUAUUGUAAAUAUUGAUUUAUAAAAGUUAAUUAAUUCCUCGUUUCUCGUUUAUAGAGUUAAACUUUAGAUAUUCAUAUACUUGGUACAUCAUUCAUUGUAAUCUCGUCUUCUUUUUCUAGUAUAUAAUACAUAAUAAGUUACUAGUAUCGAAUUUGUAAAUGAAGGUUUUAUUAAUGUCGCUUUGAAAUGAAACCUUUAUUUUACGAAAGGAAUGGUAAAAUGUGUUCACUUAGUUUUAAACUGCCUCGUCCUCAACGCGGACUGGUUAAAAGUCUUCGUAUAUUUUGUACAAUGCAGCUGCUAGACCGUAACUGUGUUAUUUUAAUACGAACUAUACGUUUGUAUUGACGAACUCGAUUUUUAGUAAAUUUUAGUUGAGACUUGCAAUAAAUAAUUCUCAACGCUGACCUUUUAUAACCUUUGUAAAUAUUUAGUUCAAUUUAUGUAGUAUUAGUUUUGUAAGUAUAUUGUGAUAACAUAAUUAUAUUUUCGUCUCGUUUUGUUAAAAUAAAUAUAAGUAGUUAUUUUAAAGGGAUUUCAAAUUUAAAUCAUACAAUAAUUCAUCAUUAUUUUCUU